GAAGGAACAGCACUCACUUGGAGCCCCUGGAGACCGUGAGCAUGAUGUUCUUGCCCUCUAAGAAGGACCUUAAGACUGCCCUGGAGGUCUUUGCUGUUUUCCAGUGGCCCCUAAGUGUCUUUAUUAUUGUAACCACUGUAAUCUUUGUCAACCUGUACCUGGUGGUGUUCACAUCGUACUGGCCUGUCACUGUGCUCAUUCUCGCCUGGCUAGCUUAUGACUGGAAGACCCCCGAGCAAGGUGGCCGCCGGGUUAAGUGUAUGCGGAAUUGGUACCUGUGGAAACUCUACUCUGAUUACUUCCCCCUUAGGCUGUUGAAGACUCAUGAUAUCUCCCCCGGCCACAACUACAUCCUUGUCUGCCACCCUCAUGGGCUCUUGUCGCACUCAUGGUUUGGCCACUUUGCCACAAAUGACUUACUCUUCUCCAAGAUCUUUCCUGGUAUCACUCCUCAUAUCCUCACACUGGGAGCCUUUUUCUGGGUUCCGUUACUCAGAGACUAUGUCAUGUCUUCAGGGGCCUGCUCUGUGAGCCAAUCCUCCAUGGACUUUCUGCUUACGCACAGAAGCACAGGCAACAUGCUGAUUGUGGUGGUUGGUGGCCUGGCUGAGUGCAGAUACAGCCUGCCAGGCUCUACCACCCUGGUCUUGAAGAACCGAACUGGCUUUGUCCGCAUAGCCCUUCAGCAUGGAGUGCCUCUAAUCCCUGCUUACGCCUUUGGGGAGGCAGACCUCUACAAUCAGCACAUUUUCACUCCCGGGGGCUUGGUGAAUCGAUUCCAGGAGUGGUUCCAGAGUAUGGUACACAUCUAUCCUUGUGCUUUCUAUGGACGUGGCUUCACUGAGAACUCCUGGGGCUUACUGCCCUACGCUCAUCCUGUAACCACCAUCGUUGGGAAGCCUCUGCCACUGCCCAAGAUUGAGAACCCCAGCCAGGAGACUGUGGCUAAGUACCAUGCACUCUAUGUUGAUGCCCUACGCAAACUGUUUGACCAGCAUAAGACAAAGUUUGGCAUCUCAGAGACCCAGGAACUGGUGAUAGUUUGACAGACAUCCCGAGCAGCUUCUCAGCCUGGAACCCGUGAAAUGGGACAAAAGUCACCUGUGGGCCUCCUGUUCCCGAUUUGGCCAGACCUCAAUAUGAGGUGGGGCUGUCCAUGUGGCUGUUCUCUAGACCCCUCUUCUUCCUUCAUCUCUCUCUCCUCCUUCCAGCUCCUCUCUGACUUUUCCUUGGGACUACAAGGGAAAUAGUCCCCAGACUCAGGGAAAUCCCUAAGAGGGAAGUACCCCGAGUUUUCCCUCACCCAUGCUCACUCAGCAUCAGGACUGAGGAAGA